AUGGCCUACCAACAUCUCAUUCAAAUGUGGAAAGAUACACCCACAAAGGCUCCAUUCAAAUGCAAAUGUCUGAAACGCGACGGAUUCCAUGAAAAGCUCACUCCUUUCAUGACAAUGAUCAGUCAUCGGGACAAUCUUUUUGAAAGUUGGACUCUGGACCGUCGAAGUGUUGUGUUCGCCCACCAAGAUCUUUCAAUCUACAAAUACCACCACCCAUCAACGACAUCACUUACUCUCAACAAAGUAAAAAAACAGUUUUGA